AUGCAGCGUCUGCAAACUCCAAUCCUCCGGCAGCUGCCACGGGCGUUAUUAUACAAUGGACCGCGCCGCAACUUGACAGCCACCGCUAGCCGGUUCAACGGUGCUCUGGAGCAGGACUCUUAUAAUAAGCCGGAGCUUGUGACCGCACAGGCCGGGAUUCCACUGUCGGUUCCACAGCAAUUCAGCAAUUCAGAUGGCAACCUCCAACACUCCACGUCUGGCGUACCUCAAAGUAUCAUUGAGAAAGUUGGGAAGCCUGGGUCUUUCUGGGUUGGAAAGGAGGAAUUGUAUUUGCAUAUGGAUGAUCAAAAAACCAUCAGACUGCCAUACACCUAUCUGCGUGAUCUAUGCCAGUGUGGAUCGUGUAAGGAUCAGCACUCGAAGCAGCGCUCCUUUCGAACAAGUGACAUUCCCAAAGACAUUGCUCCAAGCCGGGUCAAUUGGAACGGUAAACAGCUGUCGAUCACAUGGGCGAACGAUAUUUCAGAGCCGAAUACGGCUCACGAAUCUACCUGGGAUUGCGAGUUCCUAAAAAGGCCCGUUUUCAACACUCAUCAACAGCAUCAGAGCGCGGAUUGCAAGCGAUUCUUCUGGGGAAGAGAUGAGAUGAUCAAAAUGCAACAUUGGGUGUCUUACGAGGAUUAUACAACAGAUGAGUCCAAGUUUGCUACGGCAAUGCGGGCAUUGCAGCGCCAGGGCCUCAUUUUUGUUAAAGACAUUCCCAAAUCGCGUUCGAUGGUUGAAAAGGUUGCCACACGUAUGGGACCCCUGCGCAACACAUUCUACGGCUCGACUUUCGAUGUACGCACCGUCCCGGAGGCGAUAAAUGUGGCAUAUACCAACCAAUUCCUUGGAUUCCACAUGGAUCUGAUGUACAUGAACGAGCCACCUGGAUACCAGCUCCUCCACUGCCUGGAGAACUCGUGCUCGGGGGGCGAGUCAAUGUUUGGAGACACGUUCUAUGCUGCCGAAGUCAUGAAGUUGCAAUACCCAGAAGAGUAUAAACUGCUUUGCGAGCAACGUUUAGGGUACGAAUACAGGCACGAGAAUCACAUCUAUUAUAACGAGAGGCCCGUGUUUGAGCAUGAUCCCCAGACAAAAGAGCUACGUCAUGUUAACUAUGCACCUCCCUUUCAAUCUCCGCUCCCAACACCCGAUGGCAAAGACCACGAUGCUAGCUUGGUGAACAAGCUACGGGACUCCCUUGCCAAAUUCACUUCUAUUAUCGAUAAAGAGGACCACAUCUUCGAACUGAAGCUGAGCCCUGGAGAGUGUGUCAUUUUCGAUAACCGACGAACUCUCCAUGCUCGCCGCCAAUUUAACUCUAGCGAAGGAUCUCGCUGGUUGGCAGGAGCAUAUGUUGACACAGACGCUCUGCUCUCCCGCUUCGCCGUCUGUCAACACCAGCAGCCAUCUGCCUGGAGACAUAACUCUCUGGAAAGCCCCGUGUACCAGCAGGAGAAAAGGGACACACAAUAA